AUGUCGCCCACAACCUCCUCACCUCCUGCGCUCAGCAUGCCCCUCACCACCUCGGUCCCACCACCUCCGGUUCAACCCCGAACACCCCGUGCCCCGAUCCGCAUCACCAUCCUCUGCGACGGCACAGCCCAAGCGCGCGACUCGGUCAAAACUGCCCUCUCGACCACCAAGCAUUCCUCCUCUUCCGAAGACCAGCCAACAGGCACGUUUUUCACCAACGUUGCGCUUCUAGCCAAAUGCAUCGCCUCGUCCUCCUCCUUCGAGUCCCCUUCGAUGCCCCAGCUGGUAUUCUACCAAUCUGGUGUGGGGACGGGAACAGGCUGGCUGCAAAACCUGUUCGACCAAGGAACGGGCUUCGCUCUCGGCUCCAAGAUCGAACAGGCUUACGGUUUCUUGGUGGACAACUAUCAGCCUGGGGACGAGCUGUUCUUCUUCGGCUUCUCGCGUGGCGCUUACACAGCAAGGUGCAUCACGGGCUUCAUCAACUGGUGCGGAGUGCUGGGCAAGGUCGAAAUGACCCAUUUUGCGGAGAUCUGGGCAGCCUAUCAGAAGAGGGACCCGGACGAUAUUGAUAGUGAAAGGGAGGCAGCAAAGGUGCUCUAUGCCGCAACGCUCAGAUGGCCCAGUGUGGAAAGCGAGACUUUGGCGACAAACAUGUUCUUGUACGACCUGGAGCACGGGGAUAAGUACAAACAGAUGUCCGCUCACGACAAAGAGGCGUUGGCGCAAAGACGGAGGGAGGAGUGCGCCCGCCGAAGAAAAGGCAUGACGGUCGUUCCUCCUCAGAUCAAGGUGGUGGGAGUUUGGGAUACCGUGUCUGCACUGGGACUGCCAGGCAUGUUCCAGGACAACGUCAUGAUCGACUUUUUCGACUUCUACGAUCCUGGUCUCGGCAGCAACGUUCAAUUUGGCUUCCACGCCCUCUCGCUCGAAGAGGACCGAAAGGACUUCCUCCCUACGAUGUGGUACCAACCCACCUCUUCUUCGAAUCGGAGCCGCCAGCUGCUGAAGCAAUGUUGGUUCCAAGGAGUACACACCGAUGUUGGAGGAGGAUAUCAGUACCACGGACUGUCGGAUCUCACGCUCAUAUGGAUGGUAUCCCAGCUGGUGGAUCCCCACACCCUUCCGGAUGGAAGUACGACCCUGCGCCCGUUGCUCAACAUCGACCUGCCGCUGCUGGCGACCAUUCUCGACCGGCGACGCGAGUGGGGGAUGCAACCCUCUCACCGCUCCCGACCGACGGUCAACUACCAGCGUCCGCGAACCGUAUGCGCCCGCCAUCCGAGCACCAUCUCCGACGUUGUCUGGGAGACCCUUGCCAAGACGGCAAAGACGCACGAGUCCAUCCACCCGUCCGUCUAUCGUGGCGGUCGAAUCGACCCCGCCACCCAUGUCGCGUUUGCCGAUCUGCGCACGUACGACGCCGCCGGACUGGACAAGAUGUGGGAGGACGCCAAGGACUGGCAGCGCACCCUCGGGCCAACGGAACGCCUGUUGUACUGGGACCGACGUGGGCCGUAUCCGUGGAUCCCGACGCAGGGCGAUGUGUUGAACCCCACUCUCGCGCCACUGAUGAUUACGGGUGGGUGGAACAUCCCUAGCAUGACACGGGGGACGAAUGCGCAGACGAUUGUCGAUGCUGCCACUGCGAUGGGUGACGUGGAUGAUGCUCCUGCCACCCACGAAAGCGCUCCCACCAGCCCUGCGGGGCAAGGUGAUGUGGACGAUCAACCCGCUGACGGAUGGGAGCAGACGACCGACAGCAGCACCACCAAGAUCCCCACGCCUCCUCUCCCCAUCGCCGCGCUCCCCACCGCCACUCUAGCAGUACCAUCCACCCACCCACCCGAACAAGUCUACCCCCUGAUCCCGUCCAAAGAGCUCGGCGAAAACCCGGUCGAUCCCACCGCCCACCCGCACCUCCGCACGCUUUGGCAGGGCGUGUAUCAUGCAUUGUCGACACCCAACGCCCUCGUCGCCGACGUGUGCAAUCUCGGGCUCGUCACGAGGGCCAAUUUGAACCAGACUGCGGCGCAGGGGUUGUGGUGGUCGAUUGGGGAUAAGGUCGCGGGGUACAAGGACGAGGUGAAGGUUCAGGCGCUCACGGCGGGGCUCGGAAAGAUGAGGGCGAAGGGCAAAGGUACCAAGGUAAAGGGGUUCAGGAACAAGGGGAGUGGAGGAGAGGGUGCGAAGCAAGGGGAAGAGGAGAGCGUCGGGAAGAUCGGUGAAUGA